AGGUCUAUUACAUGAUGCAGUCAGUGGUAAACGCGGCAGUUCCAGACACUCUCCGUCAACUACGACCGGUCGCCAACAUCGAGGCCGGGAGAGAACAGAUCUCCAACAUGUUAGAUGUGGUCGGGGAAGGAAUUAACUUGACGGCUUCAAGCAUCAGCGAAGACGAGAGGGCUUGGCUAUAUUCCAGAAUGCAGAAGAAACUAGAAUAUGAAACAGCAAACAGUAAAGAAAGUGGCAAAAAAGCUGCCGCUAUGGCAAUUCAGCUUGCUCAGAAAAGUCAAGAUGAACUGAGGCUCUGUAAAACAUGCAGCAACAUUAACAGCACAAAAACGGAACAAUUAUUGAUAAAAAACAGUGCUGAAAAUAUAGCGAACAGUACGACUACCACCAAAACAUCAGCCUUCCAAUUGACAGGGCUAUAUGAAGCAAUUGCCAACAGCAGUGUUGGCAGAAAGAAAAGGGAGGUAGAAAAAAUUGCUGGAGAAGAUGUUUCAGUGUCUGCUUUUGAAUUUACUGAAAACGUUUAUAUGUAUGAUACGGAUGGAACUUCGAGUUAUGUUACAUCGAAUGUGUUACGUAUCGACGUCAAAACACCAACGACGCGUGUAACUCCCGGUUAUAUGGUAUUCGAGCAAAACGUUGUAACACCGGAUGCUGUUACUAUAUCUCCAAAGGAUUUUGUUGAUGUCGACGAUGUUUCUGAGUUUGCGUAUCAUCGAUUCAUUUACGGAAAGGCAAGUGACAGCGUUUGCAUGAUCAUUGAGCCACUAGAGAACACCACCUUUGAAUCAUACGACGUAUAUCUUGGCGGUAGUGAACCUCCGUCCAUAGAGCAAUUUCAUUUGAAAUUCACUGUGGGUGUCGAUAAUAGUUGGCAGAGCUGUAUUAAAUCGAAAGAUAUGCCUGGCCAUACCGGGUUGGUUUACUAUGCUGUGAGGGUACCCGGAACAGUGAAACAGGUUGACUAUAAUCUCACAUUGGUAACUGCGGGUUGCCUGACCUGGAACGAAAUGCAAGCAAAAUGGGAAACAGACAAAUGUGAGAUGGAAUGGAAACCGUUAGAAAAUAAAAUUGUUUGUGUUUGUCGAGAGGUAACAGAUCUUGUCUUCGCAAACUCCUUUUUCGUUGCACCAAAUUCAAUAGACUUUGCGACAGUAUUCCUCAAGUUUUCUCCAUUGAGCCAGGCUGCAGUUCUAGGUGCCUUAACAGGUGUGUUGUUCAUAUACAUCCUGGCAGUGUUGUUUUUGAUCGGAUUGGAUAGGCGGGACCAGCUGAAGUGGGGUGUUACACCAUUAAGGGACAACGCCCUUGGAGAUAGCAGCUACUAUCUAAUAAAGGUUAUGACUGGACUGCGGAGAGGAGCAGGAACCGACUCCAGAAUUGCGUUUGUUUUGACAGGGGCCAAGGGCGAUACCGGGCCUCGGGAAAUGUUCGAUGGAGUUAGAAAAGAAUUUAGCACUGGAAGUGUUAUGUCUUUCUUCAUGGCGACAAAGCGACAUCUAGGAGCACUAGAGCAACUGAACAUUUGGCAUGAUAACCAGGGUGACGGCGAUCAAGCCUCGUGGUACCUCAACCAAGUUGUUGUCUACGACAUUGAAACUAAGACUACGUAUACAUUUGUGGCAGAAAAGUGGCUGUCAGUUGAAACAGAGGUUUAUGCGAUUAUUCCAGUAACAGUACCAGGUACACCAGUGCAAUUUGAAAGCAGAUUUUUCUACCAGACACGCGACCGGCUAUCAGAGAGUCAUAUGUGGGUAUCGAUCCUCUACCGACCUCAAACGAGCACGUUCACCAGGGUACAAAGAGCAUCAUGCGCUCUUGUGUACAUUUAUCUUACCAUGAUUGCUAACGCAAUGUUUUUUAACCCGAACGACGAGUACGAAAGCCCACCACUCAUUCAAGUUGGACCAUUUAGAUUCACGCCACAACAGAUUUACAUCUCAAUAGUGUGUGCCCUGAUCACAACUCCUCCAGUGAUGCUUCUCAUAUUUCUGUUCAAAAGAACUAAGCGAAGACCUUCAGGAGCUGGUAUAUGUUGCAAUUGUUGCUGCAGGGGAUCUUGCUGCCAACCGUGCAGUGUAUUUUGCUGGAGAAUAUUUCGAACACCAGAGAAAGAGAGACAACGGCAGUUUGAGCAAAUAUUAAAAUCGAAAAUGCUAUCGCAUGAUGUGCCAGAGUUCACUGGAUUUUACUUACCCUGGUGGUGCAUCUACUUUGCAUGGGCCUUGUUUAUAGUUGGUACAAUUGUCCCAGCAUUCUUUGUACUGCUGUAUAGCAUGCAAUGGGGGAAACAGAAGUCAGAAGAAUGGCUUACAUGUUUUCUGAUGUCAAUGUUUGAAUCAAUGAUGCUCGUGGAUCCAUUCAUGGUUUUGUUGAUUGCAUUUGUGCUAGCCUGUAUAUUUCGAACAUCGAGAAAUGAUACAAAUGUGGAUGUUGAUGUUAUCAUUGAGAAUUAUCAGAAGUCAUUUGGAGAAACGGAAGAUAACAUUACAUCUAGCAUCAAACUGCUGAAGCGCGCAAAGGAAGAAUACCAAUCAUAUAAGUCAAUGCCUAGAAAUAUCUCACCGCCACUAAAGGGAGAUAAUCUUGAACAAGCUGCAAGUUCCUGGAAACACAAGCAAGAAUUAAUGGCCGUUUUCAAGGACAUAAUUCUCAAUUUGUUUCUGAUGUUUAUAAUUUGCUCUAUUGCAUUCAGCAAUCGGGACAAUAGGUCUUACAGCCUUCACGAAGAUAUUAUCAAUCAAUUUGUUACACCUUGGAGAAAGCCACACUUCCAAACAAUAAAGUCCCAAGGGGACAUGUACAAUUGGCUGAACGUAUCUGUUAUACCAAACCUAUUUCCGGAGUUCGAUAUAAACGGAAGUCCAUUGCCCUGGUACGAGAAGAAAUUCAUUUCCAGAUACAAUACAAUGAGGCUUGGUCCUCCAAGGCUGCGACAACUACGGACAACUAACGCCGCAUCUUGUAGUCUACCCUACGUUGGGAACGUAAGUUGCAUUGAUGAGUACAGCAUUUUUAGCGAGGAAGAAGGAGACUAUUGUAUGCGUUGGGAGAGUAAGCCUUGUGACACCAUCGAGAACCUGUUCAACGUUUCAAUUGAUGCUUGGAGCUUCACGUCAGGUUUGACUUUUGUGCACAAGGACACCUUCACCGUUAUUAAGUAUCAGUAUGGAAGACAUGCAGAACCAGGCUCCGGUGAACCAUUCUUUGCCGAUGAAGAACUGGGACGAACACGAUAUCAGCGAGAAAGUAUUUCGGCAAAAGACACGUUCACCGUUACUAAGCAACAGUACAGAAGACUUGCAGAACCAGGCUCCUGUGAACCAUUCCUUGACGACGACGAGCUGGGACGCAGGCAUUUCCAGCGGAGGAAUAUUCCGGCCGAACAAACCUUCACCGUACCAAAUAAUCCGUAUGGAAAACUUGCUGAGCCAGGCUCCGUUGAACCAUGGCUUGACGAAGAAGAAACCGGCCGAAAACAUCAACAGAGGGACAUUAUUUCGUAA